AUUUAUUCUUUUAGUUGGCAUUGGGUCCUCAUGAUGGUUUAUCCCCAUAAGGAGACGGUAUAUGUGUUGGAUCCAUUGACUGACAGUUAUCAUGUUGAGGAGUGGAAGAGCAUUAUGACGACAGCCAUAAAAAUGUUCAACAUGAGCAUAGGAGUAAGGGGGAGACAGAAUCUUUUGUGGGAAGUGAUCGAUAGUCCACAACAACCUGAUGGGAAACAGUGUGGAUUCUAUGUUAUGCGAUACAUGCGAGAUGUUAUUGAUAAUAUUAUAUCUGAUCACUCUCUCCCAAUAACUACACUGUUUGCAGGAGGAUGCUACUCCAAAAAGGAAAUUGAUGAAGUAAGGAUAGAGUGGGCAGAAUUUGUAUGUAAAAUCACAGAUGAGUGAUGAUGGAUGGUGUAACUUGCUUGUUUUCGGUGUUUGCAGUUAUGUUGCAAUUAGUAGGAUGAUGAUGUUUGGAUUCUAAUGUAAUGUAGGAUGAUGAUGUUUGGAUUCUAAUGUAAUGUAGGGAUGAUGAUGUUGGAUUCUAAUGUAAUGUAGGGAUGAUGAUGUUGGAUUCUAAUGUAUGAAUUUUAUUAUUAAUUUAUGUAUUUUUAGCUUUUCA